UCGAGUUCCUCUCAAGUCGUUAUCACGACCACGUCGAGUACUUCCACCACUCAGGCAACACCGAGUACUAGCACCGUAACGUCGACGCAGCCUGGGGCCACAGUGACUACCACGAGCCCAGGAACUACUAAUGGUCACAAGUGCAUCGGCAGUGGCUGCUACAGUCACUGAACAAUCGGCCACUUCGGUAACUGGAUCUACUAAUGAUGGGAGUGGAAAUAGUAGCAGUACUGUCAGAGCUACCGGCAUUGCUUCAAGCGUAAACUCCGCCGCCUCGACUGUCUCAGCCGUGCAUUCUACGCUUCCCCAAGCAAUCGGCGUGACAGUUACCGGUUCAGAUGGUCAGACGUCGGUUACUUUUCCCAGUUUCGUUACCGUCUUGAGCACUGCAACGGAAUCAGACGGCUCCGUAGUCACCGAAUCUGCGGUCGUGUCUAAUCCAACCAGCGUGGGGCACCCAGAAAGUAGCAACUCCUCUUUUUUCAGUAAUACAAGUGCUGUUGCAGGAACGUUUGCUGCUGUGGGAAUCGUCGCAUUCGCCAUGCUUGCGCUGCUUUUUGUAUGCUAUCGUCGUAGACGCAGGCAGAGAGAACGAACCAGAUGGCUGUCGGCCAUCACACAACCCCCUUCAUAUCCUUUGCAUGAUGACACUGACAGGGACCCAUUCGAUGAAGACGAUCCAUUCGAGGAUCCCGGGGAUCCACCGCAGAUGGCCCAGGUGAUGCAUGCUCCGCAGACCACCUACAUCAACAGGGAUCAGCGACAUGAGGAUUCAGAACAUGUCAAUACAGAAGCUAGCACCGCUAAUCUUCUAGGCGUCCGAAGUUUCACUGCUGCUAGUCUGGGGAUUGGACAUACCACCCAUAUACAGGAAGAGGGGCCGUUCAGCGAUGUCAACGCGUUCUUGUCGCAAGAAGAAAUAGGGCUCGCUAUUACAACCGGCCACCCAGCUCCCUCGUCUCUACAUUCCAGACAAUCCACUCCUUCUCUUUACUCUGACUCACCGCUGGUAAACGGUGAUGCAGACUCUUUCUAUACUCUUGACUUGCAACCAUCGGUGCCCCCGAAAACUGAAAUCCGAGCGGUGCCAACUCUAAUUCCUCGUCCUCCCCGCUCAAUUUUGAGGGGGACUCCCCCGUCGAGUCAGCUCAGAGGCUCAGAGUAUAGACCUUUGACUCCUCCAGACUCUGUUGAAUCGCAGAGACUCUCCUUCUCGUCCUCUUCUGCGGGUCCAUCUACUCCGACCGGACUCGGAUUCACAACCGGUAGCAGUCUCGACCAUGAACAUGGCAAGCUGUCAAAUCCGCUUCCGCCUACUUUGAGCCCUACAGCCAUUCUCACGCGGCGAACUUUGCUCGAUAUACGCCCACGACCUAGUCGCGACAACGUACAGACAGAUGCUUCAGGAAGGGUGUAGAGUUCCUGCAUCAGGGCACCAACUUAAGGUUUAUUUCAGAGUGUACAUUAGUUAGCUCUUUUUCCCUUAUCGCAUAUUUCAUUGCAUAGUAUAUGUAUGACGGACAUUGGGUGCUUUUGCACAACGCCUUGUAUCAUGAUUCAUAUAUUCAUAUCUAACAAUGUAUUGACACAUGCCGAUUUCCCUUAGCGUAGGCUUUCAGUGGUCGUAGCAAAGCCGUAGCUCUCUGAAACAAAU